AUGUUCGUCUUCCAGAAGGAAGCUCUUCCUAAGGAUCCAGUGUUUCCAGCAAAUUUGAAGCAGCUUGGAUACUUUGUCAAUGACGAUGACCAAAUACGCAUGAUAUCAAAUCCAGAAGAGAAAUUCUUGUACAAGAUCAAUGCCAACGAACGGUAUAAUGAGCUGCAGAAAGAGGCGAUGAACACAUGCAUUCGUAACAUUGUACUCUCGCGUCUGCAUGAUCAAGGUCUAGAGACGCUCCGAUUGCCUGUUGGUGCCAGGCCCAGCCAACAGCAUGUGCCCAUUCUGGUUUCUCCCUCAUUCAAGACAGACAAGCGCAUCAUUGUGGUUUUUGGAGAACCUGUUCAAGACCUCGGAAUCUGGGCAUACAGGACUAUAGGUUCCGACACAAUCAACUCUGGAUCUGCUGUAGACUUUACGACGGCUGUUUUGGGAGGAAAGAAGGCUUCCUUCACUGAAACGAAGUCCGGGUCAAAGGGAGAUACCACCGUCGGAAGUGAUGUAAACAAAGCUCAUGACGAGACGGACAAGACUCCUGCACCGGGUCUUAUCCUAACCAACCCCGGCCAGCUGGUGUGGCACUGUGCCGGUGAACGAGCCAUCUCACUGCCUUCCUGGCUUGCUCUACCUAGGAAGCAUGCUGUUGAGCCGCCCAUGAAAAUGACCGUUCGAAAUAAGAUACCCGGUAAUGAAACUUGGCAAGACCAUGUUACCUAUGUCUUCGACGAGGUGCUGGAUAAACUUGCGCCAGAUGCGAAAAUCGACGUUAUCGGACUCGCAGAAGGCAGCCUUGCUGCAGUCAGGUACCUGGCCGAACACUGGUCAACAUGGAAAUCUCGCAUAUCGUCUAUGGCACUGGGAAACCCACUGCACGAUACUAACCAUCUGCACCCACCUGAGUUCGCGGAGUUCGUAUCAACUCGCUGUCGAGCUUACUUGAUCUCUGACAAGGAAUUGGAUCAACCUGUUGCCGGUCGAUACGAAUUUGGUUGCAACUGCUAUUCCUCUGGGGAGCCUAAGAACGUCGAAUGCAUUAUUCCACAGGCUUACGAGAGUAUGCUCAAAUGGCUAGACAGUAUGCAUGGGAAACCAGAUAUGAAGGAGGUCGAGGUAUUCAUUAGCGAGGAACUUGGAAUCCCUGAGCCUGGAGAUGAGAUGAAGGGUGACGUUGAUAGCGGUGCUGUGGUGGAGGAGCUCAACUAA